CAUGAUCGAGAGACUCUCUCCAACCAGUCCAAGUCCGGCAAGAGCCACAAAUAAGCCAAAUCUGCAAUUUAUUUCUCUUAGGAGGGAGGCGGCAAAGAGUCAGUCCCACCAGGUCUGGUCAUGCGAUAAUUCCAGCUGUUAUAAAGACACGUGAGGUAGAGGCGGAGGUUGAGGAAGGACAGGAUAGCCUUUGGACCAGGUCAUCAACUCUUUCAAAAGACUACUGAGAGUGAGAGGGGUCUGGGUCGACAACGGCGGAGAAAUGGUGAAAUAGGCUACUAUCACUUCUUUUCUGUUUUAUUCUGCUUUUGGGUGAAACAUAUGCUACAGUUUGACAAUAGGCUACAGUGAACCUGACCCAGACAUGGAUGUGAAGGACGAAAUGGAGAUGUUGGCCGCAGCCAAACAGGAAGAAAAUAGAGAUUUAAGUAAAAGCAACAAGAAAGACAAUUUUAAUGGAAAGAAGAAGAAAGAAAAAGAGCCAAAGUUGCCCAAGGUCGGCCCCAUUGCCCUGUUUAGGUUUGCAAACUGCUUGGACAUCGUGUUGCUCGUUUUUGGAACGGUGAUGUCCAUGGCCCAUGGGGUAGUGCUUCCUUUAGUGUGUAUUGUGUUUGGUGACAUGACGGACAGCUUUUUAAAAGACUCAUUGUCCCAUGUAAACAUGACCAACCCCAAUUUCACCUACAUCCAAACAAACAGCACCUUAGAAGAGGACAUGACAGUUUAUGCCAUCUACUACUCCAUCUUGGGGGCUGUUGUGCUGGUGGCAGCUUACAUGCAGGUGGCCUUCUUCACCCUGGCAGCCGGGCGGCAGGUCAGACGCAUCCGACAGUUGUUUUUCCACUGCAUCAUGCAGCAGGAAAUCGGCUGGUUCGAUGUCAACGAGACAGGAGAGCUCAACACACGUCUCACAGAUGAUAUCUAUAAGAUCCAAGAGGGUAUAGGCGACAAGGCGGGGAGGCUGCUACAGGCCUACACCACCUUCGUCGCAUCCUUUAUCAUCGGCUUCAUCAGAGGCUGGAAACUCACUCUCGUCAUCCUGGCUGUGAGCCCUGCGCUGGGCAUCUCAGCUGCAGUUUUCAGUAGGGUGCUCGCGACUUUCACUAGUAAAGAGCAGGCUGCAUAUGCCAGAGCUGGAGCUGUGGCCGAGGAGGUGCUCUCUGCUAUCAGGACAGUGUUUGCCUUCAGUGGCCAGGACAGAGAGAUCAAGAGAUAUAAUAAGAACUUGGAGGAUGCUAAGAACAUGGGAAUAAAGAAGGCAAUCUCUGCUAACAUUGCUAUGGGCAUCACCUUCAUGAUGAUCUACCUUUCCUAUGCUCUGGCCUUCUGGUAUGGAAGUACACUCGUUUUGAGUAAUGAGUACACCAUUGGAACUGUGCUCACUGUGUUCUUCGUUGUGCUUGUUGGAGCGUUCGCAGUGGGACAGACCUCUCCCAACAUUCAGACCUUUGCCAGUGCCCAGGGAGCUGCAUAUAAAAUCUACAGCAUUAUUGACCAUAAACCGAAAAUCGACAGCUAUUCAGAUGCCGGUUUCAAGCCUGACUCCAUCAAGGGAGACAUAGAGUUCAAGAACAUCCACUUCAGCUACCCUUCAAGGCCGGACAUCAGCGUAUUAAAUAACUUCUCUCUGAGAGUGAAGAGUGGACAGACCAUUGCCUUGGUGGGUAGCAGCGGCUGUGGUAAAAGCACCACUAUCCAGCUGCUGCAGAGGUUCUACGAUCCUCUGGAAGGAGCAGUAACUAUUGACGAUCACGACAUUCGUUCUCUUAACAUCCGUUACCUGAGAGAGAUGAUCGGAGUGGUGAGUCAGGAGCCCAUCCUCUUUGCCACCACCAUCGCCGAGAACAUCAGAUACGGCCGACUUGACGUGACGCAGCAGGAGAUCAUACAAGCGACUAAGGAGGCAAACGCUUACGACUUCAUCAUGAACCUUCCCGAUAAGUUCGAGACGCUGGUUGGAGACCGGGGUACUCAGAUGAGUGGAGGACAGAAGCAGAGGAUUGCGAUUGCUCGAGCUCUAGUCCGCAACCCCAAAAUCCUUCUGUUGGACGAAGCCACAUCGGCUCUUGAUUCUGAGAGUGAGACCAUUGUGCAAGCUGCACUCGACAAGGUCCGACUGGGCCGUACCACCAUAGUUGUGGCCCACCGCCUCUCAACCAUCAGAAACGCUGAUGUCAUUGCUGGCUUCCAGAACGGCAAAGUUGUAGAGCUGGGGACUCACACCGAACUGAUGGAAACAAAGGGAAUCUACCAUAAACUGGUCACCAUGCAGACAUUGGAGAAAGUCAAGGAUUGGGAGGAAGCAGACAGCGAGUCUGUGGAUGAAAAGAGCCCAUUAGUCAAGUCCUUUUCUAAGCUGUACAGGAGGGAGUCCUCAAGAGGUUCCUCCUUUGUUGCCUCAGAGGGAGAGAAAGAGGGGAAAGAAAAGUAUCACCUGAACAAGACAGAAGAGGAUGAAGAUGUGCCUCCCGUGUCUUUCCUUAAAGUCAUGCGCCUUAACCUCUCCGAGUGGCCAUACAUUUUGCUGGGGACCAUCUGUGCCAUCAUCAACGGGGCAAUGCAGCCAGUGUUCGCUGUCAUCUUCUCUGAGAUCAUCUUUGUAUUUGCAGAACCAGAUCAGGAGAUUGUCAGGAGAAACUCUGCAUUCUAUUCCCUAAUGUUUGCUCUUAUUGGAGUUGUGUCCUUUGUCACGAUGUUUCUACAGGGUUUCUGUUUUGGUAAAUCGGGAGAGAUUCUGACCCUGAAACUGAGACUCGGAGCCUUUAAGUCCAUGAUGAGACAGGAUCUCAGCUGGUUUGACAACCCCAAAAACAGUGUGGGUGCGCUCACUACGAGACUAGCCGCAGACGCUGCUCAAGUACAAGGGGCUACAGGUGUACGUAUGGCCACACUGGCGCAGAAUGUCGCCAACAUGGGCACCAGUGUGAUCAUCUCCUUUAUUUACGGUUGGGAGCUGACCCUGCUCAUCCUGGCUGUGGUGCCCAUCAUAGCAGUGGCCGGAGCUGGGGAGAUGCAGAUGCUCACCGGGUCCGCUGGAGAAGACAAGAAGGAGCUAGAGAGGGCUGGAAAGGUUGCUACAGAGGCCAUCGACAAUAUCCGAACUGUUGUCUCUCUCAACAGAGAACCUACGUUUGAGUCUUUGUAUCAGGAAAACCUCAAAGUGCAAUUCAGGAACUUCAAGAAAAAGGCCCAUGUGCAUGGUCUUACCUUCUCCAUCUCCCAAGCCAUGAUAUACUUCGCUUAUGCAGCCGGUUUCCGUUUUGGAGCUUGGCUGAUUGUUGCUGGAAGGAUGGAUGCUCAGGAUGUAUUCCUUGUGUUUUCGGCUGUUCUGUACGGUGCUAUGGCUGUCGGAGAGGCAAAUGCAUUCACUCCAAACUAUGCUAAGGCUAAACUGUCAGCUUCCCACCUGAUGAUGCUGAUAAACAAAGAGUCCGCAAUUGACAAUCUGUCACAGGAGGGAGAGUUGCCGGAAAAAUUUGAUGGUAACGUGUGCUUUGACAACGUCAGAUUUAACUACCCGUCACGCCUUGAUGUGCCCAUUCUCCAAGGGCUGAAUCUGAAUGUGAGAAAGGGAGAGACUCUGGCCUUGGUGGGGAGCAGCGGCUGUGGAAAGAGCACCACUAUCCAGCUGCUGGAGAGGUUCUAUGAUGCCAGAGAGGGGAGAGUGAUGCUGGACAAUAUAAAUGUAAAAAAGUUGAACAUCCACUGGUUGAGAUCCCAGAUGGGCAUUGUAUCCCAGGAGCCUGUGCUGUUCGACUGCACCUUAGCGGAAAACAUCGCCUAUGGAGACAACAGCCGCUCUAUAACCAAGGAGGAGAUAGAGGCUGCUGCUAAAGCUGCCAACAUCCACAGCUUCAUAGAAGGCCUGCCAAAGAAGUAUGAAACUCAGGCAGGUGAUAAGGGAACGCAGCUGUCAGGUGGCCAGAAGCAGCGCAUUGCCAUAGCCCGUGCCAUUCUCCGCAACCCCAAAGUGUUGCUCCUAGACGAGGCCACCUCCGCACUCGACACUGAGAGUGAGAAGGUGGUUCAGGAGGCGUUGGACCAGGCCAGGAGGGGCAGGACAUGUAUCAUCGUGGCCCACCGUCUGUCCACCAUCCAAAACGCCGACCGCAUCGCUGUCUUCCAGGGAGGAGUGGUGGUCGAACAGGGGACACAUCAACAGCUGCUGGCCAUGAAGGGGGUCUACCACAUGCUAGUCACCACACAGAUGGGCUACAGACAGAAAUAAGAGGACAGGGAGAGGAGACAAGAGGAAUACCGUUUCCAGAGGGCUGGAUUGAACACACCUGCCUAACCGUCGAAACAGUUAUACUGUACUUACUGGGACACUUGAAUUUUAUUAGUAACAGCUGUACGUUUUCUCCCAUAAGUCUAAAUGUCUGCUGUGAAAAAGGCCAAUUGCAUUGAACCCUCUUGUGUUUUCUUUCUUCUCCUGAUCUGAAAAGAUCCAUUCAUGUUUGUACCCCAUUUGUUUUCUGUAAGGUGAAACUACUUAAUGCAAGUCAUAGUUGUUGUUGAUUUCUAACCAUACACCGGAUUUAUUAUAUAUAUCAUAGUGCAUCAAGUAUACCUCUGACACAGGGAUCAUCAUCACAAGUAAGUAUAUUCUACAGUAUACGUGUUUGGGCAAAUUCUGUGAUAAUUCCUUUAUUGAUUGUCAUGAUGCAGCUCAUCUUUUUCUACAGAAUGAGUCUAUAAUAUAACAGAAGUGCCGAAGUACAAUUUAUGCCAGGAAAAUGUUGUGUGCACAGGGCUGUACAGAUUAGAAUUUUUUAUUCACGCAUUAGGAAUCCUGUUCUGUUUCUACAUACGCACAAAUUCACUAGCAUUUUUUGGAGAGUAUUCUUGUAUGUAACUAUUAAAGUUUUAUAUUCAAUUAUUGAAA